GACAGAUGUGUCGGUCAAUCCCGCCCAUUUUCGGUUGACUAUGACGUCAGGAAGGAGGCGCGGCAUGUUUGAAUGUUGACAGCAGUAGCUCGCGUGGACACAAAAGUAGCGACCAAGCGUUUAUCCGUUUAGCAAUUGUCCAUACAUUCAUACUUGAAAGUGGCCGAUUUAACUCUACAAUGAGGAGGAGAAGCAGCACUAACGGCAGCAGGAGAAGCUCUAUUACGAAACAACGAAGUGAUAAUCGAAGUUUUGACGAAUUCGGUUUUGCCCUAACUAAAAGAAAGGACCAAAAGCUCUAUCAUCGAUGUCACGAUUACAGAUACCCCCAGAUGAGCCCAGCCAGGGUCAAGGAACUGUGUGAGCUCCUUAGCUACUGGAAGUGCGGCAGCUUCAUCUGCAGAAGUCAGAUAGAACGCUAUAUCAGGAUGGGUAUUCCUCCUAGUUUACGAGGUCGGGUGUGGAAGUGUCUGCUCGGCAUUGACAGCCAGAGAGAAACCAGUGACUUUAACUACCAGAGCUGCUUGUCAGAGGUGCGGGGUCCCCUGGUGGAUCUGGGGGUCAGUGAGUAUGGUAUCCUCUCUGCUAUAGCCACGCUGAGCGACACCCAGAAUGACCUCGGAUCAACCGAUCAGCCGCUUUCCAGUGGCCUGGACCCAGGUUACUCCAGGGAUGACGUCACGCUAUUUCGACAGAUCGCUCUUGACCUGCAGCGUUCGUUCCCGUCCCACCGCUCCCUGAUGGGGGACAGUCCUGAGGCCAUCGAGGGUCAGGCCAAACUCUUCAGGGUCCUCAUCGCCUAUGCCAAGUACAACCCAAAGAUCGGAUACAGCCAAGGGAUGUCCUACCUAGCUGCAGUGCUGCUGAUGCAGUUGGGAGAGGAAGAAGCCUUCUGGGCCCUGGUGGUUCUGCUGGAUAAGCCCAAAUACCUGGCCCAGCUGUUUGACCUCAACCUCACCGAGGUCCAGCAUCAAGUGAAGGUGAUUCAUUAUUUCCUGAAGCAUAGGAAGCCACAGCUCUCACAGCACUUGGAGUCCAUGGGUGUGUCCUCGGUGCACUUCAUCAUGCCCUGGCUGCUGACCCUCUUUACCUCUCUGCCCUGCUGGGACUCUGUGCUUGCUGUAUGGGACCUCAUCAUGCUCAACGGUGUGUGUGUGGUGUUUCAGACCUCUCUGGCCAUCAUGGAGCUCCUGGAGCCUCUUCUGCUGGUUCUGAAUGAUGAGACCACGGUGCUGCCACUGCUCCUCAGAGUCCCUGUCAACAUUGCCCAGUACUCCGUUUUGGUGCCAGCCCUAUGGAGCACGGAGGUCCAAGACUGGGAAAUAAAGUGCAUGAGCAGCCUGGUGCUGGACGACACACUGCACGGACCUACUGCUGAGAGGCCAAGACCAGAGGCUCAUUUAAUAAAUCCGAUCCACGAUGAGGAGCACAAGGAGAAGGAGAACAUCGCAACCCCUUCCCAGCAAGAACAGAAGGCAGGGAAGGGGGCAGUGGGCGGGGCUAAGGGUGUGUUGACCCGGCUGAUGCGGCUAGCUCAGCGCAACCUCCUGGACCCAGCAACGCGCUGGAGGGCGGAGCGGAAGACCCCGGCCAGGCCGACCAGCCCUGUGCCGGGGCCCUUCCACCACAAGGGCCGCGUCUCCGCCUCGCUCACCAAAGCCCGGGCCAAAUCCAGGAGGCGGUGCAUGCAUAGGGGUGGUUCCCACUGUACUCCAGUGGGAGGGGCCAGCGAUGACGUUGCCGUGGCGCCCACACCCGGAAUGGAUGCAGCCGUUGCCAACAAAGAAGUCAGGCCGGAGCGAGCGUUCAAGAGAACCAGCACGGGGCCCGUCGGCAAGGUGGCCCGUCGCCGCAGCAACAGCGGAGUCGUCCAGCCAAUAAGAGCCAAGUCCUUCCAGUCGCCGGGCAGCGUGAAGCCGACUGCACGGGACACACGCCGCCCGGCUCCCUCCUCGUCGGCGCUACCGCCGUCUCUCCGAAGCGUCACUUUCCCAGCAUGCACUCCUCCGUCACGGCGCCCGGCGAGCUCGGCCCAGCCGGGAGUGGGACGGCCAGCGACGCCGGCCACGCCCAGGACGGCUCUCAUCAGGGAGCUGUCUUCCAGGCAUCAGUCCAUGGUUCCCUUUAGGAACGCCCAGGAAUCCCAGUUGAUCUGAGGCUAAAGAAAGACCGUAUGGAUGGAGAGGUGCUGAAGACGGAGGGAGGCAACACACCACUGCACUGAAUAGUAUUUUUUAUGAAGAUAACUUCUUAAUAAGACACUUUUGUUAGGGGAAAUUAUUAAUAGAAAGUUUUAUAGAAAUCCAAUCUAAUUUGAUGGACCACUGGUCUUUGUGUGGCUUAGAAAUCCUGUAAGGAAUUGAGGUUUACAUUUUCUAGUUAGGGUUUUGAAAUAUCCUCUUUGUAUUGGAUAUAAUAUUUCCUUUUGUACAUUGAGAAGCUUAAUUUAAAUUUCUCAGUUUGAACGGGAAUACACAUGGAAUUCCUUGUUUGUGUGUGCAUGUCUGCAUCGUGAUUAUGUUGUAUGUUUCCCUACCAGAGCUUGUUCAUUCAUGUAUGUGCACGCAUGUUUGCCCACGGUCAUUUGCACACUAUGAGGGGUUUUCAGCUAGAAUUCACUGGAAAGGCUUCCCCCAGCUUCCGGUUGGCCCAGUAAGUGUGUUUGUGUUGUUAUUGUCCUUGUCUUUUCUGUAGCUGGAACUGAUUAAAUAUUGAGACACUUCCUAA